AUUUUGUAUUUAUGGGCAGGGGGUGCACGCUCCCUACCCACGCCGCUAUUGGCUCCUCAGCAUGUCAAUAACCGGGUCCCAGCCACUGAUUCUCAGCCGGGACUCUGUGAUUGUCGGCGGAGCUGACGGGAGAGGUCUGUAUGUAAACAAUACAGAUCUCUCCCCUGUCAGCAUGUACAGACUGCUUUGUAUUGCUCUGCACAGCAGAGCAAUACAAAGCAGCUUGUCUACACAGUAAAACGUACACUCCUUUGAUCACCCCAGAUGUUAACCCCUUCGUACCCAGUGUCAUUAUUAGUACAGUGUCAGUGCUUUUUAUUGGCACUGAUCACUGUAUUCGUGUCACUGGGGAUGUCAGUGGCAGUUGG